ACUGUAACUUUGUUGCUGUUUCCAUAAAUUUCAGAAAAAUAUGCCGCAACUGCAAAUGUGGACAGGAAGAGCAUGAUGUCCUCACGAGCAAUGAGGAAGAUCGGAAAGUGGGGAAACUCUUUGAAGAUACAAAGUACACAACCCUUAUUGCAAAGCUGAAGAAUGAUGGCAUACCCAUGUACAAACGCAAUGUAAUGAUACUGACUAACCCAGUGCCAGCCAAGAAGAACGUAUCCAUCAAUACUGUGACUUAUGAGUGGGCCCCUCCUGUUCAGAAUCAGACACUUGCUAGACAGUAUAUGCAGAUGCUACCAAAGGAGAAGCAGCCUGUCGCUGGCUCAGAAGGCGCACAAUAUAGGAAGAAGCAGUUGGCUAAGCAGCUGCCUGCUCAUGAUCAGGAUCCUUCAAAAUGCCACGAGCUCUCUCCCAAUGAAGUUAAGCAGAUGGAACAAUUUGUGAAGAAAUACAAAAAUGAGGCACUUGGCGUAGGAGAUGUGAAGCUCCCUGGUGAGGUAGAAACAAGAGCUGCUGACAAGAAUAAUUUGAACAAUGGUGACAGAGGCACCUCAGCUGCUGUAGGAGCAAUGGAGGACAAGUCCCCUGAUCAGAAGGCAUCUCAGUAUUCCUGCUAUCGCUGCAAACUGAUCAUGAAAGAAGGUGACCCAGCUGUCUACGCAGAACGUGCUGGAUAUGACAAAUUGUGGCACCCAGCUUGUUUUGUCUGUUGCACCUGCAGUGAACUUCUAGUAGACAUGAUCUAUUUCUGGAAGAAUGGUAAUCUGUACUGUGGAAGACAUUAUUGUGAUAGUGAAAAACCCCGCUGUGCUGGAUGUGAUGAGCUAAUAUUCAGCAAUGAAUAUACUCAAGCAGAAGGUCAGAACUGGCAUCUGAAACACUUCUGCUGUUUUGAUUGUGAUUGUGUUUUGGCUGGGGAAAUCUAUGUAAUGGUGAACGACAAGCCAGUCUGCAAACCCUGCUAUGUGAAGAACCAUGCUGCGAUCUGCCAAGGCUGUCAUAACGCUAUAGAUCCAGAAGUUCAGCGUGUGACAUACAACAACUUCAACUGGCAUGCUACACAAGAAUGCUUCUUGUGUUCCUGUUGCAGCAAGUGUCUAAUUGGCCAGAAGUUCAUGCCAGUGGAGGGGAUGGUCUUUUGCUCUGUGGAAUGUAAGAAAAAGAUGAUGUCUUAAGAGAAGACAUGCACAGAACCAAGCAUUGCUGUGUUCCAAAGGCUCUCGCAUUUCUACUGUAAAAUAUAUAGUAUCAGGGCAUUUAAAGUUAUUGAAAAGUGUUAAAUAGCAGUUUCCCAAAGAUUUUUCGUUUUGAAUAACUAAAACUUGCUAUGUAAUCUUAAUUUCUUA